CAGUGUGAAAGUUUGUGAAACCCAACAGUUUGAAUAAAAUAUUUAGUGAAUUCCUGUGAAACAGAGCAAACAAGAAGGAUGAAAGAAUCAGAGUUCUCAUCACUGCUGGUGCAACUUUCUGAUGCAAUCAGCAAGAAAAGUGAAAUUUAUGUAGAUAUGUUGAGGGUUUUAUACAAAGAACUUGCUGAUAAUACAUCGAAUUUGGAGAAAGCUAAAUCUGCAUUUGAAUUAUUCAAAUUACUAAUAGCACCAGGCAUCUUGAAGCCAACAGACAUUUCGGUUUUGUUUGAAACAAUUGAACUAACUGGAUUAAAAUAUUUGAAGGAUAUAAUUAAGAAGUAUGAGACAUAUCCAGAUGAAGUAGAGAUCAGUAAGUUUUCACCACACCGUCAACAAAUUGUUGCUCUGGGAAAUGUGUUUUCAGUUAAGGAUCUCCAAGAUGUUUGUAAACUACAUGAAUGUAACUUUACUAAUCCAUGGAAAUUGAUUCAACAUCUUGAAGAUGAAUCUGUUUUAACAGAAAAUAACAUGCCAAUAUUUCAUCGACGUUUACAAGAAAGAAAAGAAAGUGAAGAUUUCGUUCAACUGCUUGUCAACGUUUCUAAUGCAAUCAGUGGGACCGAUGAAACAUACGUAGAUAUGUUGAGGGUGCUCUACACAGAUUUUGCAAAAAAUAAAUCAGAAUUAGAAAAAGCUGAAUCCGCAUUUGAUUUAUUCAAUGUACUCAGAGUAGGAGACCUUUUGAAGCCGAAAGACAUUUCAGUUUUGUUUGAAACAGUUGAAGUAACUGGAUGGAAAUUUUUGAAAGAGAUAAUUAAGACAUAUGAGAUGUAUCCAGCGGAAGUGAAAAUUACUAAUUUUUCAGAACAUCGUCAACAUGUUUUUGCUCUUGGAAACAACUUUACAGCUAGUGAUUGUCUGAGUGUUAGUUACAGGUUCAAAGUUCCAGCUAAGUGUCGUUCCAAUCCAUGGAAACUACUUACAUUCCUUGAAAAUGAGAAGAUUAUUUCAGUACAAAACUGGUCAUCGUUUGUCCAGAAGUUGGAAAAAAUUGGUAUUAAAAAACGAUCACCAAUAAAAAGGCAAAUGUUAAGCGAAGAUAGUGAUAUUGUGGAACCGUCACCAUCAAAAAAACAAAGGUUAGACCAAGGUAAUGAAAAAGCAUCAACAUCAGAAAUGCAAAUGACAUACCAAGGUAGUGAGGAAGCAUCAACAAUAGAAAAACAAAUAAUACACCAAGAUAGUACAGAAGCAUCAUCAUUAAAAAAACCAAAGUUAGACCAAGAUUUGAUCAUCAGAAAGUUUGUAAUAACAUGGCUGAAACAAUGGUACAGGGAUGUAAACCUAAUGACACCAUCAAUCUGGAAUGAACAGUAUAAAUUAGAUAUUGCAGAAGUAUUCACUGAGCUCAUCCUACUGCAGCCUGAAAGACAAAGUGAAGGAGCACAAACCAAGUCAACAACAGUAAAUAAGGAAAGUAGACUCAUAUCAUUAACAGAAUUAUUGGGUAUUAUUGAAACAAGAGAUCCAUGUAAGGUAUUAAUUACAGGAAAAGGAGGGAUGGGUAAAACUACCCUGCUGAGAUAUAUUGCUCAUAAAUGGGCUACUGAUGAUGAACCUACCUGUAAUGUCUUUGCUGAUAAAUUAUUGUUUUUAAUAAAUAUCAGAAGCAUUGGAGGAAGUGCACAUUUUUUGGAUUUAAUUAUGAAGCAGAUAUGUACAAAAGAAUUCAUUCUUACAAAAAAGUUUCCAUCUGAUUCUGUUGAAACUUUUCUUGUCAGAAAUGCUGGUGAAAUAGUAAUUUUAUUGGAUGGAUAUGAUGAGUUGGAAAAAGAUAGUAAGGACCCUAUAAUUCUAUUCAAAGGAUUGGAAUUAGAAAAAAGCACUGUGGUGCUAACAUCUCGGCCUGAAAACACAGCUGAUUUGGUUAAAUGCUGUGAUGUACAUAUUAAAGUGAAUGGAUUCAGUCCAGAAAACAUCAAGAAGUAUCUUCAAAAUCAUUUUCAAUCAAUAAAUAAAUCUGAAUUAGGUGAAUCACUAAUUACAGAGUUCAGACUUGAUGAAGAUAAAUACCCAUCAUUAUGGGGUGAAGGUCACCAAGAGGCUUUUCAGUUAUGCUCAUCACCAUUGUUAUUGCUUAAGAUUUGUACCAUAUGGGAACAAAAUCAACAUCUUCCAAAAGACAUGUCAGAUCUUUUCAAGGAACUAUUUUGUUGCAUUUUAAGUCAAUACAUAUGCAAGACAGAUAAUAAAACUGCUAUAUCUGAAUUUGACAGAAUUCCAAAGCAGUAUAAGCAUGCCAUUUAUAUAUUAGGAAAAUGUAUGUAUGAAGGCCUGAAGGAAAAUAGAUUGAGUAUUGAUAAAUAUGUAUUGACAAAAAUGGGAGUGAAAGAAAAGCUAGAUAUAGAUUUAGCACUUAAACUUGGAUUUGUUUACAAAGAUCAACCUGCUAGUCGAGGUGAUUUAAGGAUAUUUUACACAACCCCAAGCAAAUUACUUUCGGAGGCGCUAGCAGGGUAUUACCUAUCUGAACUGAAAUGGAAUUUAGAAGAUGAUGAAUACGAGGAGAUAAGAUCCAAUGAAUACUUGCAUAUGACAAGAAUGUUUACAAUAGGAUUUCUAGGUGCUAAAGCUGGUAAAAUGCUAAAGCAUUGGUUGAGAAUCAGGGCCUCAAAUUAUUACUCAAUAGCACAAUGUUUCAGAUACAUAAAAGAAGAAAAUGAAAAACCUGUACUACAGGAAUUAGAUAACAACAUGUCCCCUGAAAUGAAAGAAUAUAAUGAACAAAUGUGUCAGUCUUUUAGAAGCGUUCUUGAUGUUGACAAAAGUGAUUUAAGUAUGCAUUUAUUCAAAGCUAUUGAAAGAUGUAGCAUUGAAUAUAGAGACUGUCCUGAAAAACUUGAAGAGAAAGUAAUAUCAUUGGCACCUACAUCCAGUGACGUAUCCAGUAAUGUAAUGUUUUACAAAAGCGUUGCACAUGUGUCAAUUGUAGUACAAGAACUACAAGCCAAGAAAAUGUUAAGAAGUGACUUUGUAAACAAUCAGAACUUACUUCGUUACAUUUCAAAUUUGAGGGAAAAAGAUAUCAAUAUCCUUUCAGAUGAAAUGGAAUACCUACAAUUAAAAUAUAGUCUUACGUCAGCCACUUUGAAUUUUGCUUUUAAUUCAACAUUCUUAAAUCAUUUCUUGAAACAUGCAAACCUUUCUUCCUUACAUGUGCAAAACUGUCCAAAAUCGAAAAUACUUAGUGAUGUUAUUAGCGAUUUACACAAAACUGAUGUAAAGUUGACAUUAACAAAACUUGAUAUAAGUCAUACUGAUCUACAUGAUAUUGAUGGAACAUUACUAGGAAAACUAUUUAAAGUAGCUCCUAAAUUAAAUUGCUUGAAUAUAAGUAGUUGUAGGCUAUCAGGUGAUAUUUUGAGGGCAAUGAUUACAGAAUGUCAGAACAGUGAAGUUACAUUAGACAGAUGCAGCCUUGACAUUAGCAAUAAUGGCAUUGAUGAUGCAUUAUUGGAAGAUAUACUGAAAGCGUAUCCUAAUUUAUCUUGUCUUAAUAUUGGUUCAUGUCAGUUAUCAAAAGAUAGUUUUCAUAACCUGGCUAGUAAAUUUGAAAAUAACAAAUCUGGAAUUGCAUUAUGUGAACUUGAUUUCUGUCAAAAUAAUCUAGGUAACUUAGAUGGAAACAUAUUUGCAAGGGUAUUAAGUAUACUUCCUAAACUGUCAUUAUUGAACAUAAGUAAAUGCAGUUUAUCAGGCAGUAUUGUUAAUGAAAUUAUGGAUACAUGUAGUAGGAUUAAUCUAAUAUUAAAAGACAACAUGCUUAGAUUGGAGGGCAACAAUCUUUCAGAUAUUAAUGGUAAAUUGCUUGUGGAGUUAAUAAGAGUAAUAUGUCAUCCUUCUGAUACUUUAAAGUGGAGUGAUUAUUCUUUUACAGCUGAUAACAUAGAAAAGCUUGUUAAUUCAGUAGGUGAAAAUGGAAUAUUGAAUUUUCAAUGGUUGGAUUUGAGUAGGAUUAACCUAUCUUCAAUUAGCGGAAGAACGCUAGCUUGCCUUAUAAAGAUCUCUAGAAAUCUGGUGUUUUUGGACAUGAGUUAUUGCAGUUUAAAAGGUAGAAUUGUUAAUGAAAUGAUAGAGGAAUGUUGUCUCAAGAAAGUAGUGUUGAAAAAAAAUGUGCUUAGAUUGGAGGGCAAUGACCUUUCAAGUAUUGAUGGUAAAUCACUUGCAGAGUUAGUCAACAUAAUGUACUAUCUUAGUGAUUCUUUCAGGUGGAGUGAUUAUUUUCUUACAGCUGAUAACCUAAAAAAGCUGAUUGAAUCCAUAAAUGAAAAUGAGACAUUAAAAUGGAAAAAGGUAGAUUUGAGUAGGAUUAACCUAUCUGUAGUCACUGGAAAAUUAUUAGCUUGCCUUUUUAAAAUUUCACCAGACCUGGUCUUUGUUAACAUGAGUCAUUGCAGUUUAUCUGGGAUUAAUGUUAAUGAAAUGGUAGAUGCGUGUGUAGGGAUGAAUUUAGUAUUGAAAGACAAUAUGCUUAGAUUGGAAGGAAAUAACAUAUCACUUACUAAUGGUAAAUCACUUGCAGAGAUUGUCCGGAUAAUGUAUCAUCCUAAUGAUACUUUAAAAUGGAGUGAUUAUUCUCUUCAAGCAAAUAAUCUAGAAAGUCUGGUUAAAUCGCUAGGUGGGACAUGUAAUUUUAAAAAGAUAGAUUUUAGGGAGAUUGAUUUAAGUUCAAUCAGCGGAAAAACAAUAGCUUGCCUUAUUAAGGUCUCUACAGAUUUGACUCGUAUUGAUAUGCGUAAUUGCAAUGUAUCUUGGAAAAUUGUUAAUGAAAUGAUGAAGGAAUGUUUGAAGAUGAAAGUAGUAUUAAAAGAAAACCUGCUUUUUCUGGAGGGUAAUGAUCUUUCAGAUAUUGAUGGUAAAUCACUUUCAGAGUUAAACAGGUUACUAUUUCAUGAUUAUGAUACUCUAAGAUGGAAGGAUUAUUCUCUUACAGCUGUUAACUUAAAAAAGCUGAUUGAAUCACUAUCAGAAGGUCAAUGUGAAGCAUUUCACUGUAAGAAGAUAGAUUUUAGUAGGAUUAAUCUAUCUUCAACCAGUGGAAAAACACUGGCUUGCAUUUUUAAAAUCUUUGCAGACCUGAUUCAUAUUGACAUGAGACAUUGCAGUUUAUCAGGCAAUAUUAUUAAUGAAAUGAUGGAGGAAUGUGGUAGAAUGAAUGUAGUAUUGAAAGACAAGUUGCUUAGUCUUGAUGGUAAUAACCUUUCAGAUAUUAAUGGUAAAUCACUUACAAAGUUAGCCAAUGUAUUGUAUCUUCAUUAUGAUACUUUCAGAUGGAGUGAAUAUUCUCUUACAACUGUUAAUCUGAAAAAGCUUGUUGAGUCAAUAGGUGAAAAUGAGAGAUUGAAUUUUGAAAGGAUAGAUUUGAGUGGUAUUAAGCUAUCUUCAGUCACUGGAAGAACAUUAGCUUGCCUAUUUAAGAUAUCCCCAGACCUGAGACAUGUUGACAUGAGUCAUUGCAAUUUAACAGGCAGUAUUGUUAAUGAAGUGAUGAAGGAGUGCAGUAGAAUUGAUUUAGUAUUAAAAGACAACAUGCUUAGAUUGGAGGGAAAUGACCUUUCAAAUAUAGAUGGUAAAUCACUUACAGAGUUAGUGAGGGUAAAUGAUAAUCAGAAUGAUACUUUCAGAUUGAGUGAUUAUUAUCUAACAGCUACUAGUCUAGAAAGGUUGGUUAAAUCAGUAGAUGGAAAUGAGAAACUGAAUUGGGUAUGGAUAGAGAUGAGUAAUAUUAACUUAUUUUCAAUCAGUGGAACAGCCUUAGCUUGCCUUUUUAAGAUCUCUCCACAUCUGAUCUGUGUUGACAUGAAUCAUUGUAAUUUAUCAGGCAGUAUUGUGAAUGAAAUGUUUAAUGAAUGUGGUAGGGAGAAGGUAGUAUUGAAAAACAACAUGCUUAGAAUGGUGGGCAAUGACCUUUCAGAUAUUAAUGGUAAAUCACUUGCUGAGUUAGUCAGUGUAAUUCAUCAGCCUGAUGGUAAUUUCACAUGGAGUUCUUAUUCUCUUAAAGCUCAUAACCUCCAAAAUCUGGUGAAGUCGGUAGGUAAGGAUGGGAUAUUGAAUUUAAAAAGGGUAGAUUUAAGUGGGAUUGACCUUUCUUUAAUCAAAGGAAAACAGCUAGCUUGUUUUUUAAAGAUCUGUGUAAAGCUGACCUUUAUUAACAUGAGUAAUUGCAGUUUAUCAGGCAGUAUUUUUAAUGAAAUGAUAGAGGAAUGUGGUUGGAUGAAUGUAGUAUUGAAAGACAAUAUGCUUAAUCUGGAGGGCAAUGACCUUUCAGAUAUUGAUGGUAAAUCACUUGCAGAGUUAAUCAAGGCAUGGCAGUAUAAUCAUUUUCUAUGGAGUGAUUGUUCUCUUACAGCUGAUAACUUAGUACAGCUAGUUGAAUCAGUAGGUAAAAAUGAGAAAUUAAAUUGGGAAGUAAUAUAUUUGAAUAAGAUUAACCUAUCAUCAAUCAGUGGAAAAACAUUAGCUUGCCUGCUUAAGAUCUCCCCAGACCUGACCCAUAUUGACAUUAGUCAUUGCUGUAUAUCAGUCAGUAUUGUUAAUGAAAUGAUAGAGGAAUGUGAUAGGCUGAAUGUAGUAUUGAAAACCAAUAUGCUUGGAUUAAAGGGAAAUGAUCUUUCAGAUACUGAUGGUAAAUCACUUGCAAAGUUCAUCAGGGUAAUCAAUAUGCAUUAUAGUGGUACUUUCACAUGGAGUGAUUAUUCUCUUACAGUUGCUAAUCUAAAAAUGCUGGUUGAAUCAGUCGAUAAAAAUGAGAAAUUAAAUUUGAAAUCGAUAGAUUUGAGUAUGAUAAACCUAUCAUCAAUUAGUGGAAGAACAUUAGCUUGCCUUUUUAAUAUCUCUCCAGACCUGAUCCAUAUUUACAUGAGUAAUUGCAGUUUAUCAGGCAAUAUUCUUAAUGAAAUGGUAGAGCAAUGUGUUAGGAUGAAUGUGGUAUUAAAAGACAACAUGCUUACAUUGGUUGGCAAUGAUCUUUCAGAUAUUGAUGGUAAAUCACUUGCUGAGUUAGUCAGUGCAAUUCAUCAGCCUGACGGUAAUUUCACAUGGAGUUAUUAUUCUUUUACAUCUGAUAACCUCCAAAACCUGGUUGAAUCGACAAUAGGUGUAAAUAGGGUAUUGAAUUGGACACGGAUAGAUAUUAGUAGGAUUGACCUAUCUGGAAUCAGUGGAGCAACAUUAGCUUGCCUUGUUACGGUCUCUACAGACCUGAUCCAUAUUGACAUGAGUAAUUGCAGUUUAUCAGGCAGUAAUGUUAAUGAAAUGAUAGAGGAAUGUGGUAGGAUGAAUGUUGUGUUGAAAAACAACAUGCUUAAUCUGGAGGGUAAUGACCUUUCAGACAUUAAUGGAAAAGCACUUUCAAAAUUGGCCCAGAUACUGUAUCAUCACCAUGAUACUGUCAGAUGGAGUGCUUAUCAUUUUACAGCUGAUAACAUACAAAAGCUGGUUGAAUCAGUAGGUGAAAAUUACACAGUGAAUUGGAAAAAGAUAGAGUUGAGCAUGAUUAAUUUAUCUUCAAUCAGUGGGAACAUAUUAGCUCGUUUUUUUAAGAUCUGUUCAGACCUGAUCCAUAUUUACAUGAGUAAUUGCAGUUUAUCAGGCAAUAUUCUUAAUGAAAUGGUAGAGCAAUGUAGUAGGAGGAAUGUGGUAUUGAAAGACAAAAUGCUUAAUGUAGAGGGCAAUGACUUUUCAGAUAUCAAUAGUAGAUCACUUAAAGAGUUAAUCAGGAUAGCUUAUGAGCCUAAUGAUACUUUUACAUGGAGUUAUUAUUCUCUUACAACUGAUAAUCUAGAAAAUCUGGUUGAGUCAGUAGGUGAAAAUAUGACAUUUAAUUGGAAAAGGAUAAAUCUUAGUGGGAUUGACAUGUCUUCAGUCAGUGAAACAACAUUAGCUUACCUUUAAAGAUUUCUCCAAUCUGAUCUAUAUUGACAUGAUUAAUUGCAGUUUAUCAGACAGAAUUGUUAAAAAAGAUGGAGGAAAUUAGUAAGAUGAAUGUAGUACUGAUGGACAGCAUCACAUAUUGAUGGUAAGUCACUUGUAGAGUUAUUCAGGACACUUAGUUAAAAUACACAAUUUUUGCAGAUAAUAAGCAAAUAUAUUAUGUUCCUCCUCUGAUCAUAGUGAAUUAGAAUCUGCCAGUGUUUAUUUAAGUUAAAUCAACAAUUUUCCUUACAGAUGGUUUUUAAGCUUUUAUUUUACAACCUACGUACCAUAUGUAAAACUGAGUACAGAUACUGUACUGUAGAAUACAAAACAACCAAUUACCUUGUUUGUAUAGAUAUCUGUGUGAGUUGUAUAGUUGUCCAAUAUUUGGUUGAAUAAUGGUAAUUUUGUAAGGUGUUUAUAGUCUUAGAUAAUUAAUAUUUUACCUGGGAAGCAUAUUAAAAGUGCCAUUUUACUCUAAAAUUUCUGAGCAUAUUUUUAUUCAAUUUUUUUCUCUUAAUCUGAAUCUAAAUAUUUCUAAUACCAUGCUUUACUAUUAUCAUAUUAUUAUUAUUAUUAUUAUUAUUAUAUUAUUGCUAUCCUUUAUGGUCUAAUUAUACAUGCUUGGCACAUCUCUCCAAGUAUUAUACUAGCUAGAACUACUCUUUACUUUUGAAUGUUUAAUAGAGAAAAGAACACGUAUAUAUUAUGCUGCCAAACUUUGGAAGGAUCUGUUUACGGAUAUUUAGAGCAUCAUUCAUUCUCUCAUUAUUAUUUUAAUGAUUUUAUAUAUAAGUUAUUAUGAUUAUUAGAUAAAUUCAUAUUUUCAUGACUUUUUGCUAACUAACUUCGGAAUACUAAUUAAAACACUUUUUUCCUAAGAUGCUUUGUUCAUUGUAAAAUAGCUAAAAAUAUUAAGUUAUUUUUUACGUGUACCUCAAGGAAGAGCAAUGUUACAGCCAGAGAAAACAAAAUGGUUGAGGUUUUUUGGGCUAAUUUAAUUGAAUAAUAAGUAAUAAUAAUUGGCAUGUAAUAAUAAUAACGAUAGUCAUAUGAGAGUUUGUGGAAAAUAUUAUUAAGCUACAUCUUUUUAAAUAGGCAUCUGAAGUGUGUAUUGAAUAAUUGCUACUACUCCAUAUUUUUAAAAAAUGAGUGCUCCACCAGUAGUAUAUUUUAAUUCCAGUCAGAUUCAGAGUCUAUGAAUGAUAAAGGAGAUUUCUUAUAAAUAUGAUGACUUGUCAUUAUUACAUAUGAAUAUAUUUUUGUAAAGGUCUGUCCAUACUGUAUUUUCAAAUUUUCUAUAAUAUUGUCAUGAUGUAAUAUCAUUUGUCACAUGUUUUUGUCAAGUCAAAUUUGAUAGGCUGGACAGGGCUCAACACAAUCAACUGCAACCUACAAAAGUUCUUCUGGAUCCAUUAUAUUUAAUAUACUAUACCUCAUCAAUAUUAAUAAGGUAAUAACAAUAUUUCAUUGCUUAAUUCCACUCAGUAUGGGGUUCUGUUUCUGCUGUACUACUGUACUUCCCUGCGCAUGCAAAGUCCAUGCGUACAUGGAGAAAAAAAUACCACCUAAAAUCGACUACUGCACUGCAGCCUACGAGAAGCAUAUGCAAACUGUGUAAUCUUACCCUUACAGAUGGCUAAUAUAGACAGAAAAUUUGCUGUUUAAUAUUUAUGAGGCAUAGUAAAAAAAUACAACAUGGUUCUGUUUGGUAAAGCAGUGAAUACUACUUCCCUUGUUGUUGGAUGACUGAGACUACCUCUCUGCACUUCACAUCAAGAGGUAGUUCCAAUCCAACACCUUCUGAAGUAGUAUUUACUACUUCACCUCAAACCACUUGUAAUUUGUGUAAUACUACUGGUUUAUGUAUAAUUUCUGUAAGAGUUAACCCAUACAUUUGGAACCUUGUAUAUUACCACAUACUGAUAUUGUAGUAGAUUUGUGAACAAUAACAAUACAUUUUUUGGUUAGUAUUUUGAAAAAAUUUUAGCCUUUGAUAAAAAUUAAGGUAAAUUUUUGUAAUAAAUGCUGUCUUUUAUUCAAAUAAACAUA